AUGGAUUCAGUAGAUGUCUGGGGUGAGGAGGAGGGCGUCACGGCAGAGGUUGCAAGCCUCACAGCGGCGGAGCUGCGCAUGCGGACAUCCCUGAUAGAUUCAGAACUCAAGUACUUCAAAAGCGAAACAAAUAAGCUCAAAUAUGAGCUGAACAACAUGCAGGAGCGAAUUAAAGACGCCAUCGAGAAGAUUCGUCUUAAUAAACAGUUGCCCUAUUUGGUGGGAAGUGUCGUGGAGUUAUUCGAUAACGAGGAAGAGGGAGAGGAGGAUGGGGCCGUCACGGAUAUUGACUUGCAGCGCAAAGGAAAAUGCAUUGUCAUUAAAACCUCUACCAGACAGACCGUCUUCUUGCCAGUCAUUGGACUUGUAGAAGCAGACCAGCUAAAACCUGGAGACCUGGUUGGGGUCAACAAGGACUCGUAUCUUGUGCUGGAUAAGCUGCCGGCGGAAUACGAUGCAAGAGUGAAAGCUAUGGAGGUAGACGAAAGACCAACCGAAGAAUAUAGUGAUGUCGGUGGCCUAGACAAACAGAUUCAGGAACUCAUAGAGGCCAUUGUUUUACCGAUGACCCACAAGGAACGUUUUGAGAAGAUUGGCAUUCGGCCCCCGAAAGGCGUUCUGAUGUACGGCCCCCCAGGCACAGGAAAAACUCUUCUUGCGAGGGCCUGCGCAGCCCAGGUACCAUUCAAACUUGCAUGUACAUGUUCGAACUGGCAGACGAAGGCAACGUUCCUAAAAUUGGCGGGGCCUCAACUCGUACAGAUGUUUAUCGGGGAUGGAGCGAAGAUGGUUCGCGAUGCGUUCGAGUUGGCAAAGGAGAAGGCUCCUGCAAUCAUCUUUAUUGACGAGCUGGACGCCAUUGGGACAAAACGUUUCGACAGUGAAUUGUCCGGAGAUCGAGAAGUUCAAAGGACAAUGCUCGAACUCCUCAACCAACUAGAUGGAUUCAGCAGCGACGACCGCAUCAAAGUCAUUGCGGCGACUAACCGUCCGGAUGUUCUAGACCCGGCUUUGCUUCGUUCAGGCCGCCUAGACAGAAAGAUCGAAUUACCGCAUCCCAGCGAAGAUGCCAGAGAGCGUAUUCUUCAGAUUCACGCAAGGAAGAUGACAGUCAAUAAAGCAGAUGUAAAUUUCCGUGAGCUGGCAAGGAGCACGGACGAUUUCAAUGGAGCACAGUUGAAAGCUGUUUGUGUUGAAGCCGGGAUGAUUGCUCUACGCCGAAACGCGUCGGAACUGCAGCACGAAGACUUUGUGCAGGGGAUUGCUGCUGUUCAAGCAAAGAAAAAGUCAAGUCUGAAUUACUUUACCUAA